AAAGAGAUUAAAAAGGCUACCAUCAUGAUCCCAUAAGACUAUUCCCACCCCUAUACAUGCUACGCAUAAGCUUAGCCCACCAUCAAAGCAAAAGUGAUAAAGUGUAAGUUGAAGGCAGAGAAAGUCAUGGCCGUAGGGGAAGAAGGGGCUGACCUGAGAGGAAUUAUUCCCUUGAAGCAGCACUUUGUGCUGAUACAUGGCGUAGGUGGAGGAAGCUGGUGCUGGUACAAAAUCCGGUCCCUAAUGGAGAACUCCGGCUACAAGGUUUCGUGUGUAGACCUGAAAAGCAGUGGAAUUGAUCGAUCUGAUGUUGAUUCUGUUCUUUCUUUCGAUGAUUACAACAAACCUCUUAUGGAUUUCAUGUCUGCUCUGCCCGAAAAUGAACAGGUGAUACUUGUAGGACAUAGCGCAGGAGGGUUGAGCAUCACUCAAGCCAGUCACAAGUUUCGAAAGAAGAUCCGUUUGGCUGUCUAUGUUGCAGCCACCAUGCUCAAGUUAGGAUUCUGGACAGAUGAAGAUCGUAAAGACGGGGCGCCAGAUUUAUCCGAGUAUGGGGAUGUGUACGAGCUUGGGUUUGGACAGGGAAAGGAUAAGCCUCCAACCAGUGUUUUGGUGAAGAAAGAAUUUCAACGCAAAAUCAUCUACCCUUUGAGCCCUAAUGAGGAUUCGACGUUAGCGGCGAUGCUGUUGAGGCCAGGGCCAAUUCAGGCAUUGACGAACACGCGAUUCACAGAGGAGGGGGAAGAGGGUGGAGUGGAGAAGGUACCUCGAGUGUAUAUAAAGACAAUGCAAGACAAAGUGUUGAAGCCAGAACAGCAGGAGGCCAUGAUAAAGAGGUGGCCACCAUCUUCUGUGUACGAACUGGACACUGACCAUAGUCCCUUCUUCUCCGCUCCGUUCGUCCUAUUCGGCUUGCUCGUUAAAGCUGCUGCUUCUGAUGUUGCAUCUGCCUGCACCUAGCCUUCGACCUCGCCCUCCUUGCUUUUUACCUUACACCUCGAGGCGAAGACCAAUUAAAAAACCGCUAGUAUUUAUUUUGUAUUUAAUUUUAGCGAGAACGUUUUUUUAUUAAGAUUUUGUCAUGGACGUUUAACAGAUCUUUAAUGUAAUUUUACCUGCUUGUCUCGUGAGUUA